GAGCGAGGGCUUGGGGCGACUCUUCCGGAGGCGCAGGCGCGGCCGUCCCACCCGAGGACGGUUCACAUCGAAAAAUGGAUGAUUUAGAGACAGAUUUCAAUCUGAAGGUCGUCCUGGUCAGUUUCAAGCAGUGUCUCAACGAGAGGGAAGAGGUGCUACUGGACCAUUACAUCGCCAGCUGGAAGGGUCUGGUUAGGUUUCUGAACAGCCUGGGCACCAUCUUCUCUUUCAUCUCCAAGGAUGUGGUCACGAAACUGCAGAUCAUGGAGCGCCUGCAGAGCAGCCCACAGCGUGAGCACUACAGCAGCCUGCAGUCCAUGGUGGCCUACGAGGUGAGCAACCAGCUGGUGGACCUGGAGCGCCGCUCCCGCCACCCUGACUCAGGCUGCCGGACGGUGCUUCGCUUGCAUCGUGCCCUGCGCUGGCUGCAGCUAUUCCUGGAGAGCCUGCGCACCAGCCCCGAGGACGCGCGCACCGCCGUGCUCUGCACCGACUCCUACAAUGCCUCGCUAGCCGCCUACCACCCCUGGAUUGUGCGCCGGGCCGUCACCCUGGCCUUCUGCACUCUGCCCACCCGCAAGGUCUUUCUAGAGACCAUGAAUGUGGGGUCUCCUGAGCAGGCCGUGGAGAUGCUGGGCGAGGCCCUGCCCUUCAUCGAGCAUGUCUACGAUGUCUCCCAGAAGCUCUAUGCUAAGCACUCCCUGCUGGACCUGCCCUAGUGGUGGGGGGCUCAGGCCGGGUGGGCUUCCCCUGCUGCAGGGCUGGGCUCGGGCAGCCAGGGCCCAUGAGUCCCAUGACACAUCUUUUUGGGUACCCUAAGGAUGGAAGAUCCACCAUUGCCCCUGCAAGGUGAGCUUGCCAGGAGCCCCAGACUGCAGCAGGAAAGGUGGCAGCUAGCCCCCGCUCAGGCCACCUGGCUCAGUACAGGAGGAGAUGCUUCUCAACCUUGUGUGUGCAGUCAGGCCUGGGGCAGGAUCCAUGUGUGUGCAAAAGCCCAGGAGGUGCCCCCCACCACCCACCUGCGAGUCAAAUCUGAGCAAUGGGGUGAGGUCACAGAGACUCCAUCCUCCCCGCCCACUAAUCUGCCCAGCUUAGGCCCACAGAAUGGCACCUGCCCAGGUGCCUUGGUCCUCUCCUUACCCAGGCUGAUGGUCCCCAGGGCAGGGAGAGAAUCCUGGAGCAGUGGUCUGGGCACUGCGGGCUUUCUCCCUGCUCCUUACCCCCUGCUAGCCUCUGCAUGCUGAGCAGGUCAGGGACUCACGCAUCUUUGGCAGUGACAGCCAGGUGCUGAAACCCCAAGACAAGGCUUCCCACAGAAGGUCCUGGGAAGUCCUGCCCUGCCCUCAGGACAGUCUCCUUUGGUGCCCCUGCCUGGCAUAGCUCCCUGAUGGACAUAGCAGGCUGUCCCCUCAGAUCAGAGCUCCACUGGGCCAAGCCUGGUUUCUUCUUCCUCAGUACCCAGAGAGAUGCCCCAAUCCUUCUCCCCUGCUCCUGCUGCCCAUGUCCCCAGGGUGCUCAGGAGACCCAGGUAGGGCAUGGCAUAGGGAGGGGGCUGGACCCCACUGCCCAGCUCACAGGCUGUCAGAUGGCCACGCCCAGCCCGGCUGCCAUCCAGCGCUUGGGGGCCUGGCCUCUUCUACUGGCUCUUUGUAGUGGACCCCAGGCCCUGGGGCGCCACAGGGACAGUGUCCACCAUGCAACAGAUGUGCGUAUGUGCAAGCUUUCAGGUGCACUCGGUCACUUGGAAACUAAUAUGUGUGAUAUUUUUCCAACAUAAAUAAAUUACGUUUAUGGAUCCAGA